GUUAACAGCGCCUAAAUGGCUACAACUUAAACAAGCAUUUGCCCUUUGGGUAGAUAAUGCUCUCAAUAUGAACCAAGAUAUCAAUGGUUAUAUUCUUAAAGCCAAAGCAAAAUUUUUUGCUGAUCACCUCAAUAUUGAUGAUUUUCAUUAUAGCAUAGAUGAAGAACUUAAAGAAUUAAUUGAUUAUUUACCAGAAAACGAUUAUCUUGCUGCUCAUGAAUAUAUUCAUAUUGAAGAUGGCAAACUUGAGAGUGGACUUACCGAUAAUGAAAUUCUAGAGGUGAUCAAAAAUAAAAAUGAGGAAGAGGAAGAGAAUCAUAGUAAACCUGUUGAACAAAUUGAAAAGGUUAGCUCUAGAGAGGCAGAAAUAAAUCUAAAGAAAAUAUUAAGAUUUUUAUAUGAACAAGAGCCAGAGUUUGGAGAAGUCGAAGGAGAAGUAAGAAUUUUGAAUAAGCUGUAUAAAACGGAUCAGAUUAACUGUUAUAAAAAGCCUCAAGCAAGUUGA